AUGUGGUGGCCAUUUUCUUCUGCUGAAGAGGAGGAAAAGAAGAAGAAGAAGAGUAGUCCUCCAAAGAAGAAGAAGAUUGAAGCCAAAAAGAAAAAUCCAGUAGAACCAUCAGUCUGGGACGGCAAACCCAAAAUCAAGAAGGCAGACGGUGUGGUCCCUCGUCCACUCAAGAAAAAAGCCAAUGAUGGAGUCGUCUUUACUUCCAAGAAAUGUCCUCCCAAACCGGAUUUGGAGAAUUUUCGUGACAUUCCUUAUGGUUUCAUUUGGACUCCCCAAGCCGAAAAUGACAAGGUCCAAAUCAUUGACUGCCAAAGCCAUGCCAUGCUACCCGUGAUUUGCUUGACUUGUUUGGCGUACAUUAAUCCUCAUUGUCAGGUGGACGUCGAACAGGGGAUUUGGACUUGUGCUCUCUGUGAGCAAAAGAACGUGGCACCGAUUCCAGAUUUAAAGACUCUCAUCAAGCCAGCCAUCGAGAACAACAUGGUGGAAUACCAUCAGGAUCUCACCUCCAAGCCUGCUGUAAAAGUGGACGACGAGGACGAUGAUGCUAUUAGUGACAAUCACAGCGUCGGCAGUCGUAGUGAGAGCAAUCAUAGCUAUGUCAGUAAAAGUCCUGACAGCUAUGAUCAAGAUGCUACAAGCCGUGUUAGUCGUGACGAUGAAGGAAGCCGCAAAAGCUAUGCAAGCGGCAGCCGUAGGAGCUAUGAGAGUGGCAGUCGACGUAGUUAUGUCAGCGAGAAUCGUAGUUACAGCAGCAGGAGCACCUAUGUCGAUGAUGAUACCCGAACUCUUGUCUUGGUGGUGGAUACCAAUCUAACUGGCAAUGACGGUCGUGGCAUUCUCAAUGCAGUAGAAGAAUUUGUCAAGGUUGCCGAACGGGCAGAAGGGGACUUUCCACGAACGAGAAUAGGUCUUGUCGUCUUUGAUCAAGUGGUAUCCAUGUAUCAACUUGGCUUGCUGGGCAUUGCCUCGGCCGAUGUCUACACCCCCAUUGAUCCUGACGACGACGAAGCUCUCGUUGCUCGCAAGAAAUCCAUGGAAGAACGAGCAUACCUCCAAGAGGUCGAGUGCUUGGAAGACUUGGACAGUCUUAUCCAGUGCCUUUCAGCUACCUUUGGUGUCCCAGUGGAUGAGAAGGAUCAAGGUGAAGAACCAGAGAGCCGAAUGGAAAUAUUGAAGCGAAAAAAGGAGGAUCGCUUGCGAAAAGAGAAAAAGGGCAAGAACGAAACCAGCAAGACAUCGCCGUGGAUCAAGCGCAGAGAGCUUGCCAAAACAAAACAUCCCAAGCGAUGCGUUGGUGAAGCCAUUCAAUGCGCGAUUGAUUUGACUGUCGUGGGACACCCGGAGCCAUCUCGAACAUCUCAAAUUCUAUUGUUUACCAACGGUUGCCCCAACGUUGGUGGUGGCAGCGUGGUAGCUGUGGAUGAUAACAAGGAGAAUGAAGGUCCAGUUCAUGCUCAUGAUGUGGUAGACAUUGACAAAUUGCAAAAGGCAAUCGACUAUUUUGACACUACUGCCAGUUUCGCGUUGGACACUGGAGUUGGAAUUGACGUAUUUUGUUCCGGGGUUACGGAACUGGCGAUUCCUGCGUACCAAGCGCUUGUGGAACCAAGUGGUGGAUACGUCGUGUCUCAUGUCUCGCUUGCCAGCAAGCAACUCAAGCAAAAUUUCACUUGGAUCUUGCAAAACACCUACACCUCUCGUUCUCCAGCGGUGGAUUCGGACGACACGGCUACCAAUGACUCGCAGGUGUUCUUGGAUAUCCGAACGGAUAGUUUCAUGACACCCAGUACUUUGAAUGGUCCAGGGGAACUAAUUGCCGAAGACGCCGAUAUGUUGGAAACCGAGCGAAAAGGGUACGAAGAGGGCGCGGAACUUGCUGUGGAAGACGGCUUCGAAACAAAGGACCUCCCACUUGCGGAUGCCUUGGACGUUUCCAUGACGAGAAUAAAGCUGGGUCGCGUGGACCCAUUGUCCACCAUUUCAGUUCUUCUGGAGCUAAAUGAAACCUUUGAGGAGGAAAAUGACACUCAUUGCUUCUUCCAAUUCAUCUCUCGGCAUGUGGAUCGCAAGGGGAAGAUAUUCAUUACCCGAGUGUACACUUACCGAUUCCCCGUGGCUAAGGAUACUACCGACUAUCUUGAGAAUGCCAAUAGUGAUGUAGUCGCUGUGGUUCUCGCCAAGACGGCUGUCUAUCGUACCCUACAUGGUCGGGAAGAGACUGACGAAGUUCGUGACAAGGUUACUGCUGGCGACACCUCGACGCUGGAGAAGCUUGCCAAUGAAACACAGCUUGACAUUGACGCAACUGUGCAGCGAAUCUCAGGGUCCUUUCGACUUCUUGGGUUGGAGAAUGGAAAAGCAAAGUCUUCCUCCUCGUUGGAUUCUGCCUUUCCUCCGAAUCUGAAUGGUGCUUUGAGAUUGCUGUACCAUUUGCGCCGAGGGCCGCUCAUCAGUCCUGGACCAAUGCGGUCCAUGGACGACCGGGCUGCCUUGCGUGGAUUCUUUCUUCGAUUCCCCUUGGAAGAUUGUUUGAGCAUGAUGGCUCCACAACUGUUCAGCACUGGAUACAUUGAAGGGGAAGAAGAAAUUGCUGAAGAAUUGUUGGAUUUGCCCGCGGAGACACUGUCACUUUGGGACUUUUCCAUUGUUGCAGCAGACCACUACGACUAUCUUUACAUUUGGUCAGGAAAGGGAUGCGAGGGCGAAGACUACGAAGAGAUUCGCAAGCACUGCAGGAGAUAUGUUUGGAGGCGUGCCAAGACUCGCUUCCCAAUGCCUCAAGUUGCCAUGCUGAACGAUGGUGAUUCGAUGAGCCGAAGGUUCACCGCAGAGCUGGCUCCAUCACAUGCGGACUCGGAGGAACGCCAAAUUGCUAGUUUCCCACAACUUGCAGCGUUGCCUCCAAAGGCACUCAAAAGCCUUCGGUCUAGGAUCAAGUUCUACGACAAGAACGCUGAUGCUAGUUUCCAUACUUGGUUCUGGAAUGUUUCCAGUGCUACCAAUGUGAGCAAGGAAGAAGGCAUGUCACUAUGUGACUAG